AGCUCUGUUUUCCCUUGAGCUAGAAAUGCUGUCGGUUCACUCUUUCAACUUUCAACUUUCAUUUUCUCUUGACAGAGGAAGUGUUGAGUACGCGUUGUUCAACUAGUUAUUCGAGUUCAACUAGUUCUUUUCGCUCGAUGAGCUUUAAAAGGGCUCUGAGGGUUUUGUUCUGUGGUCUGUUAGGGUUGUUUCGUACUUUGACUACUUUGGGUUGGCGUGUUCUUAGUAAACUUCGUUUGAGAUAUACUCGUCGGAUUAUCAUGUCAGGUGAUGAGUGUGAGUUUGACUCCACAUGGGAGGAUGGACACGAAAAUAAAACACCCAGGAAGAAGAUGUUUCACAGCCACGGAGGGAGUCGCAGGAACAUGUUUGCUGCAAAGGACAUGCAAGCCUUUCGACAUAGUUUCCGGGGCUUGGAUAAUAUUAGUGAUGAUGAUGAUGGUGCUGGAGAACAAGAUAAAGGCCACUUCUAUAACCUAGAAUUUUACCGUGGUAAAUUAAGAUCUUCACCUGAUGAACUUUACAUCAAUGAUUUUCACCAGAUGUGGUUUGGUGAAUAUGACUUGCUGGAAGAUGUUCACUCCUACAUUCAAUGGUUGUUUCCAAUACAAGAGCCGGGGGUGAAUUGGAGAGCACAUGUGCUCUCAAAAAAGGAAAUAAAGCUUUUCCGUAAAGAUAAAGAAGCAAAGAGCAAAUUGGUGCAAUCAUAUAAGCUCAUGUUGGAUUUCUACGGCAUAUGUUUGGUCGAUGAAUCAACAGGAGAGGUGGCUCGUGCUCCUAACUGGAAGGACCGCUUUAGAAACCUGGACAGACAUACACAUAACAACUUGCGCAUCACACGCAUCCUGAAGUGUUUGGGGACUCUAGGAUUGAAGCACUACCAGGCCCCUCUGGUCAAGUUUUUCCUCAAUGAAACUCUUGUCAUGGGACAGCUUCAAAAUGUGAAGCAAAGUGUACUAGAUUACUUUAUGUUUGCUGUAUUGGACAAGUCAGAGAGAAGGGAGCUGGUUAAAUUUGCCUUUAAGCAUUUCAAGCCCCGAGAACACUUUGUCUGGGGCCCAAGGAAGAUUCUAUCAGGUCAGGUGGCGCACUGCAAAAACAAAAACUUGGACCAGCCAACAGAGAAUAAUAGUAGUAGUGCAGAAGAUCAGCAGAAAAUGGUGAAUCUCCACGAGAGCAAACAUAAAAUGAACAAAAUAGACGCCAGUCAUCCUCCUAAAGAGAUGCAAGGUAAAAAAGAUCACCAUAAUAAAGAUGAGCCAGUUAUUCCAAACAAAUUGACAGAAACAAAUAGUGAAAAUGAAAAUGAGGGUGUAGUAAAAAAAAAAAAUCAAGAUUUGAGUGUUGGGGUCAGUGAUGGUGAUGAUAAUGAAAACGUAGCACCAGCAAACAAGUCUCAUGGUCAUGGUGCUGUUAGUGGUUCUCACCAAACUGAAGAGAAGAGAAAAAAAGAUCACCAAAAUAAGGAUGAGCCAGUUAUUCCAAACAAAUUGACAGAAACAAAUCAGAGGGCAAAUAAGAGCAGACCGUGCAGCUCAGACAAUGGGGAUGUAGUAAAGCAAAAUCAUGAAAUGAGUGAUGGUGAUGGUGUUAGUGAUAAUAACGAAAACAUAGCACCAGCUAACAAGUCUCAUGGUCAUGAUGCUUUUGUUGGUUCUCACCAAACUAAAGAGGGGUCUUCAUGUCAGGUGCAUGACGUAGAAAUUAAAGAAAUUAAAGAUGAAACUGAAGAUAAAGAAUCAGAUGAUAACCACAAAAGUUUGAAUCCCCAUGAGAGCAAACAUGAAAUUGAAAAAAUAGAGGCUAGUCAUUCUCCUGAAGAGAUGAAAAGUAAAAAUGAUCACCAAAAUAAGAAUGAGCCAGUUAUUCCAAACAAAUUGACUGAAACAAAUGGUGAUCAGAGGGCAAAUAAGAGCAGACAGUGUAGCUCAGACAAUGGGGAUGUAGUAAAGCAAAAUCAUGAAAUGAGUGUUGGUGUUGGUGAUGGUGUUGGUGAUGGUGAUGGUGUUAGUGAUAAUAACGAAAACAUAGCACCUGCUAACAAGUCUCAUGGUCAUGAUGCUUUUGUUGGUUCUCACCAAACUAAAGAGGGGUCUUCAUGUCAGGUGCAUGACGUAGAAAUGAAGGAUGAAACUGAAGAUAAAGAAUCAGAAGAUAACCACAAAAGGUUGAAUCCCCAUGAGAGCAAACAUGAAAUUGAAAAAAUAGAGGCUAGUCAUUCUCCUGAAGAGAUGAAAAGUAAAAAAGAUCACCAAAAUAAUAAUGAGCCAGUUAUUCCAAACAAAUUGACUGAAAUAAAUAGUGAUCAGAGGGCAAAUAAGAGCAGACAGUGCAGCUCAGACAAUGGGGAUGUAGUAAAGCAAAAUCAUGAAAUGAGUGUUGGUGAUGGUGAUGGUGUCGGUGUUAGUGAUAAUAACGAAAACCUAGCACCAGCUAACAAGUCUCAUGGUCAUGAUGCUUUUUGUGGUUCUCACCAAACUAAAGAGGGGUCUUCAUGUCAGGUGCAUGACGUAGAAAUGAAGGAUGAAACUGAAGAUAAAGAAUCAGAAGAUAACCACAAAAGGUUGAAUCCCCAUGAGAGCAAACAUGAAAUUGAAAAAAUAGAGGCUAGUCAUUCUCCUGAAGAGAUGAAAAGUAAAAAAGAUCACCAAAAUAAGAAUAAGCCAGUUAUUCCAAGUGUCAGUGUUAGUGACGAUAACGAAAACACAGCACCAGCAAACAUGUCUCAUGGUCAUGAUGCUGCUAGUGGUUCUCACCAAACUAAAGAGGGGUCUUCAUGUCAGGUUCAUAACAUAGAAAUAAAGGAUUAAACUGAAAAUAAACAUGAAAAAUCUGAAAAUGAGCAGUAAAGGGUGAAGCCAGUUAGUCCAAACAAAUUGACAGCAAAAAAAUAUGACUUAUUAGGGAGCAAAUGAGAGCAGUCAGUGCAGCUCAGAAAAUGAAAGUGUAGUAAAGCAACAUCAAGAGAUGAGUGAUUGUGAUGAUAUCGAUUACAUAACACCAGCAAACAUGUCUCAUCGCUUGAUGUCAUCAUUCUGACAUCUAGCAUAAAAAUGAGGGUGAUUAAUGAAACGUAAUAGGAAAACUAACAAGCACUGUAAAUGCUAGUCUUAUGAGUUUUCAUAUUUGUUUUUCUAAAUUAAUUCACAGAAAAUAUAUUGGAAUGUUCUUUAUGAAUUAAGUUAAAAUGCUAUUCUUAAAGAUGAAUGUUUUUUUUUGCUUAGCAGAUUGUCAGAAGGAAAAAGAAAUAGCAUCAUAAAAGUACAUUUGUGUGUCAUUUUUGUGUAGGAA